GGAACAACAUCAUCUCCUACUCUCCUUAAGGACCGAUUCAAGAGCCCGUGACUCUCUGUUUUGUGUGUGAACCUGCUGCUUCAUCAUGGCUUCCUUUGUGAACGAGCUCGUCGAAUACGUCGACCUUAGCAAGCAGAGCUUGUUGGUGUCUGCGUCCUCCAUUGCCUUCAAUCCCCUCUUUUGGAACAUCGUCGCCCGCCAAGAAUACCACAACAAGCUCCUAACAAAGCUCUUUGGUGGAAACUCCAAGGUCGGAUGCUAUGCCCUUGCCGCCACCAUCUUCUCCCUCGGCAUGGUCCGCGACUACAUCUACAAGAGCGCCAUCGCUGAGCAGCCCUCGCAUCCUCUCCUCGAUAGUGUCUACGUCCAAGCUGCCGCCCUCACCCUCUUUGCCGUCGGCAACGUCCUGGUCGUCACCUCCACCUGGCGCCUCGGCAUCACUGGCACCUUCUUGGGUGACUACUUUGGCAUCCUCAUGGACGAGAUGGUGACGGGUUUCCCUUUCAACGUGACCAGCUCUCCCAUGUACACGGGCUCCACCAUGAGCUUCCUUGCUACCGCCCUGUACUUUGGCAAGCCUGCCGGUAUCCUACUCACUGUCUGGGUGUACAUCGUCUACAAGAUCGCCCUGCUGUACGAGGACCCCUUCACUUCCGGUAUCUACGCCAAGCGUGAGCCUACGCCUUUCAACAGGCCGGGCGCCUCUCAACAGGCGAAAGGGAGUUUUCGGGGAUUUUGAACAAUAUAAAAAACAGGUUAUCGACAUCAACCAGUCGACGGGGCAUUUUGCAUUUUGACUUACAUAUACCAACACCAACCAAUAAAGAUUCACAUAUCAGG